AUGAUUAGACUUCUUUUGAAUAAGCUUGAUACUAGUUCUCUUAUGUUGGAUGGGUCUAUGUUGUAUAUGAGGUGUGCUGCACAUAUUUUGAAUUUGAUUGUUCAAGAUGGGUUGUCUCUUAUUGGUGAUGGUAUUGAGAGAAUUCGUGAUAGUGUGAUUUAUUGGACUGGAUCACCAAAAAGAAGGCAAAAAUUUGAAGAAAAUGCACGUCAAUUGCGUGUUCAAUGCACCAAAGAGUUAGUCUUAGAUUGUAAAACUCGUUGGAAUUCAACUUACUUAAUGCUUUCUACUGCAUUGAUUUAUAAAGAUGUUUUCUCACGUUUGCCUAAACGUGAAAUAUCUUAUACUUGUUUACUAUAUGAUUAUGAUUGGGAGUUAGCCAAAGAUAUUUGUGGGAGGUUGGAGUUUUUUCAUAGUGCGACUGAGUUUUUCUCUGGUCGUAAGUAUCCCACAACUAAUAUGUAUUUUAAUGUGGUGUGUGAGUUGAAAAUUGCAUUGAAUGAAUGGAGUGUGUUUUCAAAUGAGAUGAUAAGUGCGAUGGCAAAAAGCAUGCUUGCUAAGUUUAAUUCUUAUUGGGCUAAUGUUAGUGUUGUUAUGGCUAUUGCUGCUAUCUUAGAUCCAAGAUAUAAGAUGAAGUUAUUAGAAUUUUAUUAUCCUAACAUUUAUGGUGAUAAUUCUAAUUUGGAGAUUGAAAAAAUUAAGAAUCUUUGUUAUGAUUUGCUUGAUGAGUAUGGAGAUAUAAAUGAGUCCUCUAUAGAUAAUGAAGGAAGUUCUCAUAUUCCUGCUAGUACUUCAAGCCCUGUGGUACAAAUGAAAUUUAGGUUGAGUGGGGCAAUGUCAUCUUUUGAUGAGUUUGUGAAUAAUAGUUCAAGUAGUUUAAAGAAACAUGGGAGUGCUAGAAUGAAAUUUGAUCAUUUCAUUGAUGAGGGAGUGUUGAAGAGGAGUGAAGAUUUUGAUAUUUUGGGAUGGUGGAAAAGUAAUGGUUUAAAGUAUCCUACUUUUCAAAGGAUUGCAAGUUCUUCAACUAUGUCUGGAGAUUGUACACUUCAAUCAAUUCUUGAUGAUAGGGAGCCUAAUGAAGAGGAUGGGAGUUGUGUCACAAUUAUGGAUGAUUAG